UGAGCAGUCUUAUAUAACAAUAUUAAUGAACAAGAAUUUGCAUCAAUUUCUGAUCUAUCAUACAUAUAACAUACAUAAAUACAUAUGUGAACAGGUUUCUUCUAUAGUCUAUGUAACCCAUAUGAUCGACCAUCUAAUUGUCAUUACAAAUACAUUAACUACAAUCAAUAUUUUAUUGUAGCUAUAUUUGCUGUUUUGUAAUUAUUUUUCUUUUUAGCAAUGGCAGACCAAUACGAUAAUUUAUCUUGGAAAGAAGUAAGAGACUUAUUCAGAACAUGGAGAGAAGACAAUGAAAGAAGAAGUAAAGAUGUAGUGGAUUUAUGGGAAUCAAAAUUAAUGGAAAAAAUUGAUCAACUUGGCAAUGAAAAGUAUCUAGUUUUGGAACAAGUUUGUAUGGCAGCAUUGGAUUGUUAUCAGCUUUCCUUAGCAGAAUGUUGCAUUAAAUUAUUGAAGAGAGAAUUUCCUAGUAGUUUAAGAGUUCAUAAAUAUCAUGCAAUGCAUUUGGAAGCCUUGGAAAUGUAUAAUGAAGCAUUAGAAGUUUUGGAGACUAUCAUAAAAAGAGAUGAAACUAAUGCAGCACCAAGAAAACGUUAUAUAGCUAUAUUAAAAGCAAAAGGUCGAAUACCAGAAGCUAUUAAAGAGCUUACAGAAUAUUUGAAAAAAUUUAUGAGUGAUCAAGAAGCAUGGCAUGAAUUAUGUGAUCUGUAUUUACAAGAACAAGAAUAUUCUAAAGCUGCAUUUUGUAUGGAAGAACUUAUUCUGCAUAAUCCACAUAGUCAUUUAAUUUAUCAAAGAUAUGCAGAAAUAAAGUAUUCUCAGGGUGGAUUUGAAAAUAUGGAGUUAGCAAAAGCAUAUUUCUGUCAGGCAGCCAAGUUAAAUCCAAAUAAUAUUAGAGCUUUAUAUGGUUUACUAUUGGCAUCAAAUAACAUUGCUACAUCUCCUAAAUGUCCUUCUUCUAAAAAGAAAGAUGCAAUAAAAUUAAGUGAAUGGGCAGCUAAUCAAAUUGAAGAACAAUAUAAGUCAAAAGUUUCAGAUGAACAUGUUGAUGCAGUAGAAGGAUUAUUAGGACAAUUACAACUUGAUGCAUAGGAACAGAAAUUUGUAUUUAUGUGUAUGUUUAAGUACUGUAUCAUAUGUAAAUGUACUAUCCACCCUUCACAAUAUACAUGUGUAAUUUAUUAUAUGUCAAUUAGAAAUUUUUACAUAAUUAAUUCUUAAUGGUGGAAGUAAACUUACACAGAUACAGUGGUGUGGCGAAAGUUGGACAUGAUUCUUGGAAGUUGACCGUCGAUAUAUCCACCAAUUCAUAAAUCUGACUUUCGGUGUUACAUAUCUAAAAUAAACAAAUUUAACAACAAA